CCCAGCUGUCCACGGCAGAGACAGACCAGACCCUUCCUGUGGGCCAGCACCUCUCACACCUACUCCUCCUCCAGCUCAGGAGCAUCAUGUCUGUCAGACAGCAGAACUUCAGCUCCAGCGCCACUGUGGGCGGAUGGAUGCGACAGCGUACCUCCAAAGGGUAUCUUCGUUGCAGCGCUCCCAGCGUGCAUGGAGGAGCGGGCGGCUACGGGACGCGCAUCUCCUCCUCCUCCUCUGUCUUCGGCCACUCGGGCUCUCUGGCCACAGGUGGCGAGUUAACCACCGGAGGGAAGUUCACCAUGCAGAACCUUAACGACCGUCUGGCCUCCUACCUGGAGAAAGUGCGCUUUCUGGACAACAGGAACAAGGAGCUGCAGCUGAACAUCGACGAGUUCUGCAUGAAGAAAACUUACGUCACCAAAGACUACAAAUCCUACUUUUCCACCAUCGAGGAUCUGAAAGCAGAGAUCUCAAAAGCCUAUUUGGAGAACCAGAGGAUGCUCCUGCUGAUUGAGAACUCCAAACUUGCAGCAGAUGACUUUAAAAACAAGUAUGAGAUGGAGAUGAACAUGAGGAAGACGGUGGAGGCUGACGUGCUUCAACUCCGAGGGAUGCGGGACUGCCUGACUCUCGCCAUCAGCAGCCUGGAGAUGACCGUGGAGGAAACGAAGGAGGAUCUAAUCUGCAUGUCCAACAGUCACAAAGAGGAGAUGGAGCAGCUGCGACUGCAGGGCGCGGGGAAGGUUAACGUAGAAGUGGACGGCGAUGAGUCCAUCGAUCUGGAGAAGGUCCUGGAGGAGAUGAGGGAGCGGUACGAAGCCAUCAUGAAGAAGAACAAGGAGGGAGUCGAGAAAUGGUUCCAGUCCAAGACGGAAACUCUCCAAGAACAAAUCCUCACCUGCACGACAGAGGUGAAGACGUACCAUUCAGAGAUCUCCAAGCUGAAGAGGACCUACCAGGCUCUGGAGAUAAGCCGGCAGUCUCUGUGCACCGAGAUGCUGUGCAUGCAGCAGAACAUCUCUGACGUGAACAGCCAGUACUCUGUGAAGCUCAGCCAGUACCAGACGGUCACCACCGCCCUGGAGACGGAGCUGCAGGCCCUGCAGGCGUCUAUGGCACAGCUGCAUAUCAAGUACUCCUCGCUGCUGGACCUGAAGACCAGGCUGGAGGCGGAGAUCGUAGAGUACAGGAGGCUGCUGGAAGGAGAGGCGUAUGAGCAAAAGAAGGCAGUGAUCAUCAAGCAGGUGACGGAGCAAGUUGAAGAGCAAAAACCCCUCAUCGAGAAGAGAGUGAAGACCAUUGUGGAGGAACUGGUUGAUGGAAAGGUUGUGUCCUCUUCUGUUGACACCCAAGUGCACACCAUCCAGUAACUUACCAAAACCUGCUGGGUUAAUUAUUUACCUGCAGAUUUUACUUUGCCAGAUGUUCUUUUAAGGUAUUAUCUUCAGACUUGAAAAUGUAACACACUUGGUUUAUGUGCUGGUCUUUGCUUUUGGAAAAAAAUAUUAACCUGAAACUAAAAUAAAAUAUUUCAAAAACAGAGUUGAGGUUGUCAACUAUGGCUCAUAAAUGUGUAUAAUUUGCGCAGACUUCAAAAGAAAGCCAGCACCGUCACAACAGACUCCACAAAGAUUGUUUUUUUCCCCUCUCCACUUUCAUCUAAUAAUGAUUUGGAACUUUAAAAACCAAAUCCAGCAGACCCAGAAACAGCUUUUAUGCCUAUGCGGUCUAAACUAACCCCCCAUAUGGCUUAAUGGACAGAAUGCAGUAAAUAUCCCGAUUUCUGUUAACCUUCGUUUUAUUUAAAAUGUAAUGUUAUUUUGUAUAUAUCUGUAUUUGAUAUUCACACUGCCAAACGAAAGCUGUAAAACCGAUGGUCAUUGUGUGAGACAAUGGCAAUAAAAGCUACUGUAUUCUA